AUGGCGCAGAGAAGCAGCCUCUCAGUCCUCUGUGAGAUGCCUGUCCUUGCUCUUUGCCUUUUGGCAUGUGUAGCCACAGGUUUGGAACUGUCUGUAAAUAACCACGCUGCUGACUUCUCCCUGUCUACAUCCCUUGGCCCUCCCAUCUCACUCUCCUGCCUGGUAGAGAACAACAGCCAGGAUGAGGAGCUCCUCUGGUACCGAGGAGAUGGGCAAGUGGAUCUGAAAGAUGGGAAUAAAUUGAACAUUAGUAACAUCUGUGUAUCCCCAGUCACUGAGUCUGACAAUGGAGUCACCUUCACGUGCAAGCUGGCACGGAACACGUCUCUCCAGGUGUCUGUGACCCUGGAUGUCCAGUUUCCUCCUCAGCUGACUGGAGAAGAGUCCCUCCAAAUCGAAGAAGACAAAGAUGUCACUCUGACCUGCAAUGCCAAAUCCAACCCUCAAGCCCAAACAGCUUGGUACAAGGACAACACCACCCUGACCCUACAGCAAAAUCGUUACCAGGUGUACCAGACUAGUGAGGUUUUUCAGCUCACUAUCAAAAAUGUAGAGAAGUCUGACAACGGGAUCUACACCUGUGAGGUGAAAUCUUCUUUGGGAGAGGGGAGAAAGCAUUUCCACUUGACAGUUGAAGAUAAAAAACCUGUUUUUCCCCUGGAGGCCGUUAUUGCUGCUGUUGUGGUGGUUUCACUCACGUUACUUUUUGGAAUUGUGGCUCAAAGAAAUAAAAUUUUUAAGUGCUUCAAAAGAUCAAGUGAAACAGCCCUGUAA